UUCCGCCGGGCCGGCACAUGCAUAUUCAUUCAAUUUCCCAGUUACUCAUUCUCGCGCCCAGUCGUUCCACCCCUGCCCCGUGUUUUACCGGAGGAGCAACCCUCCAACCGAGCGAGAGCGGAAGUGAGAAGCCGAGGACGAAACGGCCAAAGGCAGUCAGCCAAGCGGAUACUGUGUCUUUAAGCAAACACACACGAGUACCAGGAGCUAGUCCCAGUUCUUGUUAUCGAUAAAGUCUUCGACUCAGUAGCGGGCCAUCACGAAGCCCGGAAACAUGUUUCACGUUCAGAUGACAGUUCUCUGUUUGGCAGUGGCCACUGUCGUCUGCGAUUUACCACCAGGUACUAGAAGGAAUACGUAUCUACCACCAGAGCCGACGAAGGGCUAUGACUACAACACACCAAAAGUCCCAUUUACACCUCGACCUACGCCAAACUUUCCCACCCAAAGGCCGAGUUUUCCUACAGGGUCAUCGAGACCAACGCCUACUUUCCCAACAGGUCCAACAAGACCUUCAACGAGGCCGACAUAUCCUACCCCAGGAACAAGACCAACUCCAGGAGGCGGCGGUUAUCCUACUCCAGGUCCAAGACCGACUCCAGUAUUCCCUGAAUAUCCUGGUCAACCAAAUAGUAACAAUGGCGAUCACGACCAUGGUCACCACGAGCCAGGUAUGCCUUUCGACUUCAAUUAUGCCGUGAAGGAAGACGCUUUUGGCAACGAUUAUUCGCAUAAUGCUAUUAGCGACGGAGACGUCACACGUGGAGAAUAUCGAGUUCAGUUGCCGGAUGGUCGUUUGCAAGUAGUUCGUUACACUGCAGACUGGAAACACGGAUUUUCAGCUCAGGUGUCUUAUGAAGGAACACCACGAUUCGACGUACCACGCCCUGGUGGAAACUUCCAAGGAUAUUAGGAUUUCUCGCAAUCAGCGUGCACCCCAACGGUACUCGAAAUUGCACUCGUAUAACACAGUUUAAAUAUGAAAGAAAAAUCUUUAGAAUGUGUUUCGGAAAUAUAUUUUUCUCUAGUUUCCUGUUAAAAUGGAUCAAUUAUUAUCCAAGAAAUAGUCGUUAUUUGAUGACAUUUACUAUAGUCUUUUUACAAUCGGAACAUACAGCUGCUUAACCUGAGAAAAAAUUUAUGAUUUUAAUUUCUUGGGUGCGGAAGUUUACGAUUAUUUAAGAAAGAUUUGUUAAUCCUCUAUAAUUUGGUAAAAUUAUGAUUGGCUCAUCAUGAAAUAUUACGAUGGAUACACUUUCUUGUUUUUCUAAGAAUAUUAUUUCAAGUUUUUUACAGAAACAAAUGAUUUAAAAAUUUAAUGUAUACAAAAUUAAAAAAUCAAUAAUUAAACAAUCAACAUUUUUCCAAGCAUUGAACUCAAUUACAAUUAUGCUAACUGUAAUGUAAUUUAUUACAAUGAUUACUGUACAAUAUUUAACGGCUUGAAUUGUACUUCAUGCGCAUCGCGUGCUCACAGUAGUGCUAAACGAUUAUGACUCAGGUAGUUUAUAAAACGCGUUUUAAAUAAACGUUAUAGCGAACUUCAAAAUCAAGUGAUCCUUAAACUUUGUCGAUACUCGCAUCGGAGUUUUAUUUUGCAUUUUUGUCUUCACAAUUCUAAAAAUGAACCUCUCUGUAUAUAUGCCUUAUUCUCAUAUAAUAUUUUUAUACUCGUGUCAUUUUUUAUACCAUUUAUACUAAAUUUUUUUACUCUGACUUACUUCGAUAUUUAUGAUUUGUGCAAAUAAAACCAAUCACAAAUGUUUGAUUUUGUUACUUUUUUAUUGCUAGUAGCGUAAUAUACUUCCACAAUGAAAACUGCUAUAUUAUACUUUAAAACCAUAUUAAAAGAAGUGAUAGAAUAGUCGUAAAAUAUAAGAGUCCUAAGAAGUAUUAGGAAAAUAUUAUAUUGUAUAUUAAUAUUUCUUAAAUACACAUUUAAGUCUAAUAUAUAUCCGUACCCAUACAGCUUCAUACUGUAACAUAAAUAUCCUAAUUUCAUUCUGAUAAAUUACUUUAUUAUUAAAGCCUAGAUGAAAAACUGUAGGUGGCAUAAAAGAGGGCGUCUGGUGCACCUUUUUUAUACAAAUGGAUUAAAAAUCUGCUAAUGCAGCAGGAGUCCUGUAUUAAAAUAAGAAAAUUAUAUACUUUUGCGUAGAAUUUACAGAAUUGUUUUUAUAAUAUUAGAGAUUCUGGAAUAUCUUAUGUAAAAUUGAUUAACCAGUUAUGUCAUGUUAACAUGUGUUAAAAAGUGGG